GGAUCCCCACACAACUGUCUUUCAAUACGCAGAACCGUUCUCUGCCUGGUAGGAUCUGUAGUUCAGAAAAGUAGAAGCCGACAGAUCUAGGGUUACGACUAGUUCAGACCCUCAUUUGGAGGAUAGAUUGGCACAGCUUCUAAUGGUGAGCGGCAUCUCUUAGCUUUGCUACAUUGUGCUAUUUCCUUGGGAAACCCAGAUUAUUUUAUCUGUUACAGAAAAUACAGUAAUAGUUGUCACCCUUUAUUUCUUUGCCUAUGUGUCAGUCUAGAAGCGUAUUUGAGGGGAAGAAGUGUGGCAUCUUUUUAAUAUGCUUGCUCACCUCCUGACCCAACAGCAUGAACUUGAAUUAGUACUGUAGCAUGCUAACCAAUAGCAUAGGUUAGAAUUUGCAGAGUCCCCUGUGCUAAGUAGUUUCACGUGCAUCCACAUUUAAUUCUUAUAGCCCCAUUUUACAGGUAAGGUGAUAGAGAUUAGCUAGAACCUAGUGAAAUCUGUUUUCCCCUGGAGUCUGGGGGAGAAGAAAUCACUUAAUUUGUAGCAGAAAAGAUUUCUGGCUUGGGAUUUGUGAAAUAUUAGGUAAAUUACCAAAUGAGAUUAAGAGGCACUUCUUGAAGAGCAGUAAAAGCAGAGAUUCUAAAAGAGUGAAUGCCAAGCCCAGGAAACUCUGGCCUCCAGGAGGACUCUGUGGCAUCCCUCCAUUAACCUUUGAGACAUGACUACGAUGAGCUUGCAAAUACUAACUUCUAGAAGUGACCCCUUCUCCAGCGAAGCAUAGAGCCAAGAUGGACGAUAUUGUGGUUGUAGCUCCAGGCUCCCAGCCCUCAAGGAACGUUAGCAACGAUCCUGAUGUCAUCAAGUUGCAAGAGAUUCCAACUUUCCAGCCGCUUUUGAAAGGGCUAUUGAGUGGCCAGACUUCCCCAACAAAUACCAAAUUGGAGAAAUUGGAUUCUCAGCAGGUGUUACAGCUCUGCCUGCGAUAUCAGGAUCACCUUCAUCAGUGUGCAGAGGCCGUUGCCUUUGAUCAGAAUGCUUUGGUUAAACGAAUCAAAGAGAAGCCUGCUCCUCUCAGAGUGACUCUCACUUUGAGCUUAGGAAUGCCUUCAGAUGUCUACACAUCAUUUGGAGGGUCUGAACAGUUCACACCUGAGAUGGAUUUGUCUGUAGAAACUCUCUUUAGCUUCAUGCAAGAGCGCCAGAAACGAUACGCCAAAUAUGCGGAGCAGAUCCAGAAAGUCAACGAGAUGUCCGCCAUCCUCCGCCGCAUCCAGAUGGGCAUUGACCAGACGGUGCCCCUGAUGGAGCGGCUCAACAGCAUGCUGCCCGAGGGGGAGAGGCUGGAGCCCUUUAGCAUGAAGCCAGACCGAGAGCUCAAGCUGUAAGCGCCGCCUCUCCUGUCCGGCCAGGCGGCUGUUCUGUGGGGACAGAGCCCCGCACCACCAGUACCCUGAGGACGUUGGGAACCAAAGUCACGGGAAGUGACUGGAUCUUGAAGCUGGUGGGAGGCUUUGGUGCUCCCUGAAGGGAGGUGAAACAGUCCAGCUGGCCUGAAAAUCUGAUGCUGCCCUACCUGCCCCUUUCCUUGACGCAUCCUUCCCUUUGCAAAACGAACCAAACUAGAACCAAACUAAUUCUCGGUGCUAACCGAAAUUGGAGCACUUGAAUUGUUAGCAAUUUGUUACAGAACUCCAUGUCAGGAAUUUUUAUUUUGUUUAGACUUUUUUUUUUUUUUUUUUUUAACUGAGAAUGAAUUGUCAAGUCUAGCUUGCGGAGUAAAAAUAUGGAGAGAAGGGGAGAAAUAUUUUAAGAAGCUCUGUGUCCUCAAUGCCUUCGUGAAAUCCUACUCAGUAGGCUUUCCGGGGUAUGAAUUGUAAACAUAAAGAACUAAUUUAAUCCAA